CCCUACAGACACAGGUCUCUGAGCCACGCGAGAUCCCUUCUUUGCCCAGGAGCCUGGCGCUGCACAACUCAGCCAUGACAUCCAGUGGCCGCGUGGCGCUGGUGACAGGGGCCAACAAGGGCAUCGGCUUCGCCAUCACCCGCGAGCUCUGCCGGCGGUUUCAGGGCGACGUGGUGCUCACGGCGCGGGACGAGGCACGGGGCCGGGCGGCGGUGCAGCAGCUGCAGGCCGAGGGGCUGAGCCCGCGCUUCCACCAGCUGGACGUGGACGACCUGCAGAGCAUCCGAGCCGUGCGCGACUUUCUGCGCAGAGAGUAUGGGGGCCUCGACGUGCUGGUCAACAACGCGGGCAUCGCCUUUAACAAAGAGGGAGACUCCACACCCUUUCAUAUUGUAGCAGAAAUGACAAUGAAAACAAAUUUUUUUGGUAUCCGGGAUCUCUGUACGGAGCUGCUCCCUCUAAUAAGACCCCAAGGCAGAGUGGUGAAUGUGUCAAGCAGGAUGAUUUUCGUGGACCUUCCAAACUGCAGCCCAGAGCUGCAGCAGAAGUUUCGAAGUGAAACCAUCACUGAGGAGGAGCUGGUGGGGCUCAUGAACAAGUUCGUGGAAGAUGUAAAGAAUGGGGUGCAUGAGAAGGAAGGCUGGCCCAACUCUGCUUAUGGGGUGUCCAAGAUCGGUGUCACAGUCCUGUCCAGAAUCCAGGCUAGGAAACUACGUCAAGAGAGGGGAGGGGACAAGAUCCUGCUGAACUCUUGCUGUCCAGGGUGGGUGAAAACUGACAUGGCGGGGCCCUCAGCCCCAAAAAGCCUAGAAGAAGGAGCAGAGACCCCCAUGUACUUGGCCCUCCUGCCCCCAGAUGCCAAGGGUCCCCAUGGAGAGUUUGUUCAGAACAAAAAUAUCGUACAGUGGUGAGCUCCACUCAUACCACCCAGGGUCCCAUUCUGUACCAUGGCUCGAUAUGACCAAAAGACAUUUAUACUGUCCAUUGUAUCCCCAUGCAAAAAAUAAAUCCACAGAUUCCCAUCUGGGGCUUGUACUGAUAGAAUACUAAUAGAAUAGACUAUUCACUGAAUGGCCAUUAAGUCUGUGAUGUCUUUAGUAGUUUCCUCUGUGAUAUUGGGAGAGAAAAAAUAAAAUUGCUGGAAAUAUGAACAAAA